AUGUGGGCGCUCGUCACCGUGGGGCUGCUGCUGGCUGCCUGCCCUUCACCAGUCUGCAGUACCUCAAUAUUUUACAGCAACAGAGAUGCAAACCAAGUCCUGAAAAUCCAGAAGCGGGCAAACUCUUUUCUGGAGGAGAUCAAACCAGGCUCUGUGGAGCGUGAGUGCAUUCAGGAGCGCUGUGACUUUGAGGAGGCCAGUGAGAUAUUUGAAACCAAGGAAGCAACAUGGGAUUUUUGGAGCAAGUAUGUAGACGGGGAUCAGUGCGACCCACAGCCUUGUUCCAACGGGAUCUGCAAGGACAGUAUUGGAAAAUUUUCCUGCGUCUGUAACAAAGGCUGGGAGGGGGGUUUGUGCAGUUAUGAGGUCAAAUACACCAACUGUUCUGUCAGCAACGGAGGAUGUGAACACUUCUGCAGGGAGGACCCUGCCAACCAGCGCCGCUAUUGCAGCUGUGCCUCUGGGUAUCAGCUGAUGAAUGACCACACCAUGUGCAAGCCGAUAGUGGAGUUCCCCUGUGGAAGAGUGAAGAUGGACGACUUUGAAGCCAAGGCAGGAUUCACUGUUCGGCUCAUUGAGGGAACAGUAGGAAGAAGAGGAGUCAGCCCUUGGCAGAUCAUGCUGCAAAAUAGCAAAGGGAAAUUCCUGUGUGGGGGUGUUCUCAUCCAUCCGUCCUGGGUCCUGACGGCAGCGCACUGCACUGAGGCAGAGGAGGGGCUCAAAGUAAGACUUGGUAAAUUCCACCGCCUCCGUACUGAGGCAGAGGAGCAAACCAUUUGGGUUGACAAACACGUGAGCCACGAGAAUUACACCAAGGCGACCUCCGACAACGACAUCGCCAUGCUGCACUUGGCCGAGCCCGUCAUGUACAGCAAAUACGUGCUCCCCAUCUGCCUCCCCAGCCGCGAGCUGGCAGAGAAGGAGCUGACGAGAAGCGGGAGGCAGAUGGUGGUGACCGGCUGGGGCAGCACGAGCGACGUCAGCAACAACUACUCCACUUUCCUCAGUUACAUCCAGAUCCCCAUGGUUCCCCGCGACGAGUGCGCCCAGGCGAUGAGGUUUGCUAUCUCAGACAACAUGCUGUGUGCCGGCAGCCUGGGAGACAGGAAGGACUCCUGCAGCGGGGACAGCGGCGGCCCCAUGAUCACCAGGUAUAAGGACACUUGGUUUUUGGUAGGACUGGUGAGCUGGGGCGAAGGCUGUGGACAAAAGGAGAAGUUUGGAGUCUACACCAAAGUCAGUCAGUACCUGGAGUGGAUCCAGCACCACAUCGAUGGCAUGGCAGCUGCUUUGAAGGGUUGA